CCCGUCGGGCCCGAGGAAACCGCCAGCAUGUACAGACCACUGCUCAGACUCUGGCGCUUCCUACCCCGGCGGGGGAGCAGCGCCCCUGGGAUCGCUCAGCUGCUGCCGCUGCUGCUGUUGCUGCCGCUCGGGGCUGGGGCCGACUGCCCGUGCCAGGAUCCAGCGCUGUGCCAACCCAUCCGCAACCUCCCCAACUUCGAGGUCUUUGUGUUUGAUGUUGGUGACAAAACUUGGAAAUCUUAUGACUGGUCACAGAUUACAACUGUGGCACUUUUUGGAAAAUAUGACUCAGAACUUAUGUGCUAUGCUCAUUCAAAAGGAGCCAGAGUAGUGCUGAAAGGAGAUGUAUCUUUAAAGGAUAUCGUUGAUCCUAAUUUCAGAACAUCCUGGAUAGCUCAACAAGUUCACUUGGCCAAAACACAAUAUAUGGAUGGAAUUAAUAUAGACAUAGAGCAAGAAGUUAAUUGUUCAACCCCUGAAUAUGAUGCAUUGACUGCUUUAGUCAAAGAAACUGCAGACACUUUCCAUCGUGAAAUUGAGGGAUCACAGGUAACCUUUGAUGUAGCUUGGUCUCCAAAGUGCAUAGACAGAAGGUGCUAUAAUUAUACUGGAAUUGCAGAUGCUUGUGACUUUCUCUUUGUGAUGUCUUAUGAUGAACAAAGUCAGGUCUGGUCAGAAUGUAUUGCAGCAGCUAAUGCUCCCUAUAAUCAGACAUUAACUGCAUAUGAUGACUACAUUAAGAUGGGCAUUAACCCUAAGAAACUUGUAAUGGGUCUUCCCUGGUAUGGUUAUGAUUAUACCUGCUUGAAUCUAUCAGAGGAUGAUGUUUGUACCAUUGCAAAAGUCCCUUUCCGGGGAGCUCCUUGCAGUGAUGCGGCAGGACGUCAGGUGCCCUAUAAAAUAAUUAUGAAGCAAGUAAACAGUUCUAUUUCUGGAAUCAUGUGGGAUGAAAAUCAAAAAUCUCCAUAUUAUAACUAUAAAGACUCUGUGGGCCAUUUUCAUCAAGUGUGGUAUGAUAACCCGAAGAGCAUUUCUUUAAAGGCAGCAUAUACACAAACCCGUGGCUUACGGGGCAUUGGCAUGUGGAAUGCCAACUGCCUUGACUACUCUGGAGAUGCUACAGCCAAACAGCAAACUGAAGAAAUGUGGAAAGUCUUAACACCAAAACUGUGACACACACAAACAUCUUUUGUCAAGUUUAAUAUUUAGAAAAUGAUCUGUGUAAACAGAUUUGGUUUCUUGAAGAAAUAAAAAAUUUAUACAUUUU